AUGGACGAGGACGCGAAGAAAGUCGAUGCUGGAAAUGCAGACUACGAUGACUCCGAGGUUCGUCAAGACAAGCCGGCAAAGCGGGCGAAGAAGCAAGUGCCAAGGGGGAUGCUCUGGUGCGACCGAAGCGUCGCCACCUUGUUCUCGCUCCGGUACAAUUCCCCUCUGGCGUCCAGAUUCGACUCGAAGAACAACAGUGGCAAGCGCGUGGCGUACGUGAUGCUGGCGGUGGAGCUCAGCAUCGAAAUGCAACGUGAAUUCGUCGCAAAGCAGGUGCAAGACAAGUUUGCCAAGAUGAAAACAGAAUGGUCCGUGUCAAAGACAAGUUUGCCCAGUCCAACGGGUAACUUGUCCAAGCCUCAACUUCCAAUGCACUAUGACAUCAUGCUGGAGUACUGGGGUACCAAGGCGGGGUUCAAAAGGGAAUCCCUCAUGAGCACGGAUGAUUGUAUCGAGGAUGACAAAGUGGUCAAGCAAAAGAAAAACAAUGUGGAAAAGAAGCCCAAAGACUCAGCAGCGUCAUUGGAAGCUGGAUUUAAUUCCAUCAAGGAGAGAUUGAUGUUUUUGGGGUCAUCGCUGUCUGAUGUUCAAGCCCAAGCCGCGCCUGGUGCUACACUGGACGAUGUUUUUACUGCAAUUAAGGCCCAGUCCGAUACCAUGACGCAGCACUUAGCGCAUUUAGCAGCGCAAAAAAAAGAUUAA